AUGGCCAAGCUGACGUCGGACCCCGGCGCCUCCAACAACAACAGUUGCGAGGCGGUCAACAACAACCACAAUGGCCAGCAGCAGAACGGAGGCGCCGCCAACUAUCAGGCCCUGCCGCUGACGCCGGCGCCGGCCAACACGCCCCUGCACAAGGCCAUCAAGCACGACCUCUUCCCGGAGGUCACCUUCUGCAACCUGUCCGCGGAGGAGCUCGCCGACGGCGGGGCGGGGCACAGCCGGAUGGGCCGGAGCAGUGUCGUCGCCCUGGAGGACGGCACCCUGACCUGCCUGAUGAACGGCAAUGGGCAGGUAAAGCGGCGCAAGCGAUUGAUCUCGAACGAGUCCGGCGACUCCAUCGACUCCAGCAGCACGGAGAAGAAGGCGCCCAAGAUGCCCGACGGCGGGUACGGAUGGGUGGUGGUGUUCGCCUCGCUGGUGGUGUCCCUGAUCGCCGACGGACUGAGCUUCUCGUUCGGACUGAUCAACGUGGAGUUGCUGAGCUACUUCGGCGAGUCCACCUCGAAGACCGCCUGGAUUUCGUCGCUCUUCUUCUCCGUGCCCCUGCUGAUGGGGCCCAUCUGGUCGAACCUGGUGGACAAGUACGGCUGCCGCAAGAUGACCAUCCUCGGCGGCUUGGUCUCUGCCUUCGGUUUCUCGCUCUCCGCCUUCUGCAACUCCAUCGAGAUGCUGAUGGUGACCUUCGGCAUCAUCUCGGGUCUCGGCCUGGGCAUCGGCUACGUCACCGCAGUGGUGUCCAUCGCCUUUUGGUUCGACAAGAAGCGCACCUUCGCCACCGGAAUCGGGGCCUCGGGCACCGGUAUUGGGACCUUUGUGUACGCCCGCCUCACCUCCAGUCUGAUGGAGGCGUAUGGCUGGCGGGGAGCCACCCUGAUCCUGGGCGGCACCAUGCUCAACGCUUGCGUUUGCGGCGCCCUCAUGCGCGACCCCGACUGGCUGAUCGAGGAGAACCGGCUGGAGAGCCGGUCGCAGAGCGUCACCACCUUCUCCAACUCCAGCGUCUGCCUGGAGGAGAUCAAGAAGCUACUGGACACCGGCAUCACCAAGGAGGCCGUGCUGGACUCGCUGGUGACCAAGAACAACACGGAGGCCAACCAGCAGAUCGACGAUCCCCUGGACUCGGCCCUCAAGCGCUACCGCAGCGAGAUCUUCCUGCCCACCUUCCUGAGCACCCAGGAGCUGGACAGCGUCUGCGAGGUGAAGAGCCUGAGUCGGCGCUCCCUGCGCCACAAGGAGGGUGCCGAGGCCCCCUCGCGCGAGAACCUGCUGUCCAUGUCGUCGGGAGCGGGCGCCUACCCGCCAUCGACGGCCGUCAUUGGGUCCCCGGACGACACGCUCAUGGGUGGCAUUGCGCAGGAGACGGCGGACCUGGCCAAGCGGACAUACCUGGCCUCCAUCGAGACGCUGUCGCCCUCGGAGAAACGCUCCGGCGGCGGCGGAACUCCCAAUGGAUCGCUGCGCUCCUCGGACGAGGGCUACCUCACGCAGAAGCACGCCAGCUCCCGGUACUCGCUGAACGAGAACAUCUUCAUGGCCAAGCACACGACGCCGUCGAUCUCCAACCUGAAGGUGAACGGCCUGCGCCACAAUUCGGUGGACAUCCUGAGCGAGGACAUGCACUGCUACUACUCGAAGGACGAGACCUUCGCCCUGCUGGAGCCGAGCAGGCGGAUCGGUCCGACGGUGAUAGCCAUUCCAGAGCAGGAACCGUCGGUCAACAGCGAGCUGGCCAUCCGACGGGCCCGGCUGGACAGCAUCACCGGUAUCCGGCGACUUUCGCGCUCGAAGAAGCCCAGCCACCACCGGUCGAACCUGCGCCGGAACAUCUCGAUCCGGAACUCCAAUUUCCUCAAGGACAUGCGCAUCCACCGCAACUCGAUCCACUACCGCGGUGCCAUGCUCAACACUCACCGCUACCGGCUGCGCGCCUCAUCCUGUCCCAACAUCUACCGCAACUCGAUGACCACCAUCGCCAAGGAGGAGGAGGAUACUUGGUAUGACAACUUCGUGGACACCAUUAAGUCCAUCUUUGACUUCUCCCUCUUUCUGGACAUGAAGUUCGCCCUCUUCAAUCUCUCCACAUUGUUUUUGUUCAUUUGGUUCAUUAUCCCUUAUCUGUACCUGCCCGACUACAUGAAGCAAUACGGAUACGAUGUGAGCGUGAGUGCCGAGUUGAUAUCGGACGUCGGCGUUGCCCAAACGGUGGGCAUGAUAGGACUGGGCUACCUGGGCGAUCUACCCUGGAUGAACAUCAACAUAUGCUACUCGCUGUGCAUGUUGGUCUGUGGAGCGUCGGUGUUCUUUAUGCCCCUGCUGAUGACCAGCUACAUUGGCCUGAUGUUCAUGUGCAUCAUCUUCGGAUUCACGUUCGCCAGCUCUUUUUCGUUCACGCCCAGCAUUCUGGUCAGUAUCGUUGACUUGGACGAUUUCACGUGUGCCUACGGUCUGGUGCUGCUGGUGCAGGGAGUGGGCAUGAUCGCAGGGCCCCCGAUAGCGGGCGUUAUAUACGAGUACACGGGCAGGUGGGACGAUACCUUCUACUAUGCGGGCAUAUUUAUAGCACUCUCCGGCGUCUGUUCGUAUCUGAUCGAGUUCUGCGAGAAGAAAGCACCUAAGGAGAGUGAUAGUGAUGUCUCAGAGACUAAAAAAGCUCAACUUUUACACUAGGUUACACACACACACACAUAGCAUUGUUGAAUGCCGAAAGUAAACGACAACUGGAGGUACUACAAAAUCACAACUGUAGCCUAAUAAUGGACUAGCAUUAAAUGUUAACGAGUUUCUUAUGUCAAAUGGUGUUGCAGCCAUAAAAUCAGAGCAGAUUUGUAACUGAAACUAAGCCUAUUAAUAAGACCUAGAGUGUAAGUCUACUAUAUUUGACUUGACUAAUCGCGGCUAAGUAUCUAUAUACACCUAAUAUAAUAACUAUAAUUACCGCACUAGGGCAAUUACUAAUCGCAUCUCGGAAUAACACUUAGACAAACUGUUCAAUUUCAAUCAAUAUCAAUGCAGUGCAUCACUGCCAGGUGCAAACGGGUCCCUCAAUUGUCUUCUUUACGAAAAUUUAUAGAAAUAGUUUUAAUUGCCUUACAUUUCGUACGAAUAUUAAUUGAAGAGAAUACAAUAAACAACAAUCUAUGUAACGUAUGCAAUAACAAGCGACCAUUUUCAAUCGAUUAAAACACACAAUAAAGUCUUUGGAGCAUUUGUUUUUGAAAGAAACAAAAAUAAUAUUUGUACAUCAAACGUCACAGAUCCAAAUAGUUUCCAAUGUAAGCCAACUGAGCAAACUAGGCUAUUCGAAAUAAUUAUUGUUGAAAUGAAAACCUGUUUUUGCAGUUUGGCGAAAUUUUUUCUUAGACAAAACAUAACAAAAGAUUCAAAUUACAAAAAAAAAAAAUAUACAUUUAAGUAAAGUCUUACAAGUUCAAGUAUUAUUA